CAUUAAGAAAUGACUUAUACUCCGUAUCUUAAAAAAUUUCACCUAAGUUUUAUUCCAUUUCUUCAGUCGGCCGGCCCAUUCAAGCCCAUACCGUCCUUGCCCACUAUAAUUUCACCGCCUUUGACUUACUGCUGAAACCCUAGGGAGGCUUGGUGCAGCAGGCGGAAGAUUUGUUGAAGAAGUUCCAAUGGGGAGAAGGCCAGCAAGGUGUUACCGUCAGAUUAAGAAUAAGCCAUACCCAAAGUCAAGGUACUGUCGCGGUGUACCCGACCCAAAAAUCAGGAUCUAUGAUGUGGGAAUGAAGAAAAAGGGUGUAGAUGAAUUCCCCUUCUGUGUGCAUUUGGUCAGUUGGGAGAAGGAGAAUGUCUCAAGUGAGGCUCUUGAAGCUGCACGAAUUGCUUGCAACAAGUACAUGACCAAGUUUGCAGGAAAGGAUGCCUUCCACUUAAGGGUUAGGGUUCACCCUUUCCAUGUGCUUCGUAUUAACAAGAUGUUGUCAUGUGCUGGGGCUGAUAGGCUCCAAACAGGAAUGAGGGGUGCAUUUGGCAAGCCGCAGGGUGUCUGUGCUCGCGUGGCCAUUGGACAGGUUCUUCUCUCAGUCCGCUGCAAGGAUUCUAACAGUCAGCACGCACAGGAGGCCUUGCGUCGUGCCAAGUUUAAGUUCCCUGGUCGCCAAAAGAUCAUUGUUAGCAGGAAAUGGGGCUUCACAAAAUUCAACCGCACCGAUUAUGUAAACUACAAGAAGGAAGGCCGCAUUGUACCUGAUGGUGUCAAUGCCAAGCUUUUGGGAUGCCAUGGACCUCUUGCAAAUCGCCAGCCUGGGAGAGCAUUUAUAGAUGCAGUAGCAUAAACCCUUUUGUCAAGUUUCCCAAGUCUCUCACUUAUCAUAUUAUAUUUCUAUUUCAUUCCUACUAUUGUGUUUUGGGUCUGCAUUGUGAUACAAUUUCCGUUCACAUAUUUUUAAUAACUGAGUUUUUUCACUUCCUCUGAAAUUUGGGUUCUAUUUCGUCUGGUUUUUCGUAAAUUUUAAGGGGGAAGGUUUCCAUGACAUUGGGAACCAAU